AUGGCCACUCAAGUCUACCAGCUCUCGCUGGGACCGCUCACUGCGCACUCGUUCAACGCUGAUCGCACCAAAGUGGCCGUCUCGCCCAACUCGAACGUCGUCCACAUCUACGCCCAAUCACCCACCGGGUGGACACUCGAGCAUACGCUCGCCGAGCACGAUAAGCUCGUCACGGGCAUCGACUGGGCUCCGCAGUCCAACCGCAUUGUCACAUGUUCGCAGGACCGCAACGCCUACGUGUGGCAGCUGCAGCCUGACUCGCAGACGGGCGCGCACGUGUGGAAGCCCACGCUAGUGCUUCUGCGUAUCAACCGCGCGGCUACGUUUGUGCGAUGGAGUCCCAACGAGGACAAAUUUGCCGUGGCUUCGGGCGCCCGCAUUAUCAGCAUCUGCUCGUUUGAAGAGGACAACGAUUGGUGGGUUGCCAAGCACAUUAAGCGACCGCUGAGGUCGACGGUGCUCUCGCUGGAUUGGCACGAAAACAACGUGCUGCUCGCUGCAGGAUGCGCUGAUAUGAAGGCUCGCGUGUUUAGCGCCUACAUCAAAGGUGUUGAUGCCAAGCCGCCUGCGAGCGUUUGGGGCGAGAGACUGCCGUUUGGUACAGUCUGCGGCGAGUUCUCCACCCCGAGCGGCGGUUGGGUGCACGGCGUCAGCUUCAGCCCCAGCGGCGACGUGCUCGCUUUCGUCGGCCACGAUUCCAGCUUGACCGUCGUCUAUCCCUCCGGUCCCGAACAGCCCCCCGCUGCGGUCCACGUCAUUCGCUCGCCCACGCUUCCCUACGUCACGCUCACUUUUGUCGGCGAAAACCAGCUAGUCGCAGCGGGACACGACUGCCAACCCGUCCUGUUCCAAGGUGAUGCGCAGUCGGGCUGGACGAUCGUCAAGUCGCUCGACGCGGCGGGCGCGGCUGCAUCCAAGGGUGCGCCGCCGCCUCCCCCACCCAAAGCCCCCGGCCUGUCCAGCGUGGGACGCCUGAACAACGAGGCAUUCAACCGGUUCAAGUCGGCCGACAGCCGCGGUGGCUCCUCGUCGCCUUCGGUUGCCGCUACACCCAGUGGCGCGGGCGGCAGUGUGGCCGGAGCUCUGGGCGCCGUCGCCGGCGCGAGCGUCGGCGCGGACGGCGAGCUGCACACCACCCACCAGAACACCAUCACCAGCGUCAGGCCGUUCUCGGGCGCUAGGGCCGACGUGGACCAGGUCUCGACCAGCGGCGUGGAUGGCAGGCUGUGCAUCUUCAGUGUUGCGCAGGGUACGCCGGUCGGGGGCAUCCAGAAGGGCCUCUCGAGCUUGCAGCUCUAG